CGACUCAGCAAACAUCCACGAGUGGCUGUGAUGCACAGAGGGGAUACGAGCAGCUCGCGCACAGUCCGGAUAGGAGACACGGUACCGGGAGGUUGUCAGGAUUCCACCGAUCGCCACGGAAAGCGCGUUUGCUGGCGGGAGUUUACCGCUGAGGCGUCGGAUGGAUGAUGAGGAGGAGGACAUGUCACAGCCCAUCUCGCAGCUCUGGGGAUCGUCCUUCAGGGACGUCAAAUACGAAGACCGAGCCACGCCCAUCUCAGCCGGACAGGCCCUGGCUGCCGUCACCGCCGCCGUGCCCACGUCGCGGGGUCACAACAACAACAGCAUCGGCAUCAACACGCUGCCCUGCAGCUUGCACUGGCAGCCGCGCAUACCCUUUCACGGCAGCGCUGGAUUACGUUCACAUUUCCCCGCUCACUUUGAGCCAAUGGAGGACCGGGGAGAGAGACAGCAUGAAGAGGAGGAGGAGCAGGAGAUGGAGGAGGAGGGCAGAGGGGAGGAGGAUGAGAGGAUGGCAGAGAGGGCGGAGGAGCAAGCGGGGGUGAGCGUGGAGGCGCAGAUCGGACGCAAACUUCGGGAGAUCGGAGACCAGUUCCAGCAGGACCACGUUGAACUGUUCAUGAGGCACCAGAGACAGAACCUGCCCGUCUGGAUGCGAUUCACCGUGGCCCUGUUCGGCUUCCUGUUUCCCAGAGAGGCUCCGGUGCCGCGGCUGAGGGGGGAGCAGAGAUGAGGGGACCUCCUGCUCGGCCCCUCGCCUCGGCCCUUGAUUUCCAAAAAACAAGGGACCAGACUUUUUAGAGAUGGCACUGUAAGAUGGAACACGGGUUUGGAUUUUGUUUUCUAACUGAAUAUGAAGACGACAUGAAGAAAACUCGGUCACCGCUGGACGGAGACUGAAGACGAAUUUCUUUUCCUUUUUUUUCCUUUUUUCGGGGGGGGUUGUUUUCUUGUUUUUUCCCGCCUCUCCAAGAAGAAGCCAUUGUGUUUGAAGAGAUAUUUUCGAAAUAUUUGUAAGAUUACCUAUUUUGUACAGUAAACUGCUCUUUUUAUUUGGUAAUUCAAGUCUUGAAGAACCCUCAUCAGUCCAGGGAAUGCCUUAUUCUCUCCUGCCACAGUACAUCCACGCUUUUUGCAUCCAGGACAUCACCUGAACGAGAUCGAUCUUAAAGAUUUGGCCACUUGUUUUUUAUUUUUUGGCGAUACACUGUGGACGUGGACAAUUCUGUGCUGAUGUCACUGACUUAAAACCUUGAGGACUCGGGGCACAUUUUUUUUUAUUUAUUCUCAGAAAAACAAUAAGCCCUCUGCUUAUCCUUUACUGUUCCGCACUGGCUAAUUUGAAAACAUGGUUGUGAUGACAUUGUUGCAGAUUUACACACUUUUGUUGCACUGUUGGUGUUUUAUCAGCUUCCACUAUAGACGUAGGGACGUUUUAUCAACCUGGCGUUCUCCAUCAGCCUCCGACCACUCGUGUUAGUAGAAGUGGCGUCACGACCCACAGCGUAGAUUUGGAUUUUGUGGAUUUAACCCAUUAAGACCCAAGGAUGGCGAAUAAGAACAUGCUCUAAAACUUUGGGGGAUUUUCCCAAAACUUUUAUUUCCAGCCUCUGAAGCAGAAACAUGAAAUAAAAAGCAUUUGACAGUGGCUUUCAUUGUAUAUCAUUUGCCAUUUCCAUAAAUUCUACAAUUUAAAAUCUUUAAAAACGUUUUUUGGGCUGAGAGCACUAAGAAACAAACAAACUACAUUUUCCCAUAAUUCAUUUAGUCUUAAAGGUGUAUACACGCAUAUGUCGCAUCAGGUCUUGAUGGGUUAAAUCAUUAAUGGACGCUUACUUGAAUUUGGGUGUACUAUAGGUUUCAGUCGAGAACAGGAUUCAAAGUGUUGAUUCCUCGUUGUCGACUCGCGAUCGUGUGCAUUUCCGAGUGUGUGCAGUAAAAGUGAAACCAAAUAAGCACAAAACUCAAAUCUCCCUCGUGGGAUUUCAAUCAGGGAACGGGAAACAAUCAGAUGUAAAGCUGAAAAGCUUCGGAUCAAUUUCAUCCCUUUCUAAAUCUUUUCAGGAUCUUCUUUCUCUGGCCGAGUGGACAAUCGCAAAUUUCGCCCCCUGUGGGAGAGACGACCUUUAGGAGCGUUUUUAGGGCUGAGCAAUAUUCAAGCCAGUGGGAAGGAGGAAUAGAAAACGUAGGGAUCGGCUGCAUUUGCAAUCAAACUGACGUCAGUGGAAUACGUCUCUCUCUUUACGAAUACCCUUGCGACACACCUUCUGGUUUGAAGACACAGAGAUGCAUUUUGAUUUGAUUUAAUUCCAGGUGUAAAUGUCACGAGCACUGAUUCAAACCCUGUCGUGCUGAUACACGUAUGAGAAAUCUCACGUUUUAAUCUCCUAUUCAAGUGCUUUCUUUCACCAAACUGCCAGUGGUACAUUUAGCCUCACAGUUAAAAAAUAGCUUGUGUAUAUUUCCGAAAAAGCAUUUUACAAACACACACACACACACACGUGGGAGACAGUUAAGUGAUCUAAACGUGAUAGCUGCUACGUUAGCAUUUCGCAGCGACACAGCCAUUUGUAGUCUUUUGAGACUUUAAAUAAGAUGUUCAAAAAUUCUCAUUGGAUGUAUUCUUUCAGUCUGUUGUAGAUUCAUGAUAUGAACUUUUGAAGACACUGAUGGGUUUUCUCCUGCUUUAUGUUUUCUUCAGGGAGUAGUUAACCUCCGUGUUAAAUAUGAAAUGUGUUGGCUGUCAUUCCGCCUUCGAGUGAAAAACAUUUCUUCAGACUUUUAAAAAAACGUUCCGAAGCAGCUUCCCUCAGCAUCAUCAUGGAAGUGAAACAGAUCAUCAGGUCCAGUGUGAAGGAUUAACAAAGGGGUCUAUCAGCAGAAUUUGAUUAUAAUAUUCAUAAUUGUGGUUUUAUUCAUUUGCAAUCACCUUAAACCAAGAUAGUUGUUUUUUUCUUUUGCUUAGAAUGAGCUGUUAACAACUACAAUGGGAGUGGCUCAUCUUCCGUGUUACUACAUUAGACCAGACCGAACCAAACAAACUCAGAGGGUCUUCCACAUCUUCUUUAUUUCAUAAGUUAUUCGGCCAAAACUGCUGUAGAUUGGUGUCGGUUGGAGGCCACUAAAUCCUACACACUGGUCCUUUAACCGUCAGUAGCUGAACCAAAAGUUUGUUUCCUGCAAACACUGAUCGCUGAGCCAGUUCAGAUAUUGUGUUGCACUCUGGUCGUCAGUCCAAAGCUUUAAACCCGUUUAACUACUCCCUGUCCUUAUACUGAGAACACUUUGUUAGAUUACUUUUGGAGAUAAUUUAUUCUAAUUUAUUUUGUGUAUAUUUGCUCAGUGCUACUGUAUAGAUGACUCUCUCAGUGUGUACAGUCCAAUUUUCUUCUCCUUGUUUGUGUGCAUUCGGUUGUGUAUUCGAUGCCUGUGUGUAGGGGAGGUCGGACUGAAAGCCACGUGCCUCGUGUGUCCUCGCACAAACCGUGUGAGUCUCUCUUACAAAACACGUGAUUAACAGACAAUCAAAUGUACAAAAUGUGCCUUGUGAAUAACAGACCCCGCCCACAUCUUCAUCAUCCCCAUCAGCAUCAUCAACACUCGGCAGACAAUUACCCAAAAGUCACUGGUCACGGCUCUUGUUUCACUCGGGCUCCGUGAGAUUAACGUACGGUAGAGUCGGCACGAACAGUACGUUUGUUGUGCCUUUUAUACGUAAUAAAAAACAACAACAACAACAACAGCAUAAAUCUGUGUGAUUCCUCACAUCAGCUCACGAGGCACCGGCUCCACCUUUGACAUCUCUCAGCACGAACGGCAGGUCCCACCACGCAGAACCUCCUCGAUACCGAGAGACAACUGUUUGCAAUCCAUGUGCACUGUAAAAAAAACAACAACUAUUUUUUACCUGUAAACUGUAUUUUGCACCUCUCUCUUUCUACUCCUGUGCUGAACUUCCCUUCCCCCGAGAAAAAUCAAAUGCUGGUUUUUCGUGCUUUAUUAUCUACAAUCUAGUAGGGCUGCGGGUUUACAUUUGAAGGAGGAAUGAGCCACCGUUUUUUUUUUUUUUUUUUUUGUACGGGAGCUGGGUUGAGCAGCCACUGGGUCGGUGUCACUGCUACAACCUGGACUCACGAGAAACAUUUAGUUAUAUACGUUCAGCCUUCAGUGUCUUUGCUAUCAAAUUUCUUCAAUUGUUUUUUUUUUUUCAAAUAUCCAAGAACGAGUGCAUCUUAACUGUCAAGUGCUGUGAUUUGGUGUUUUUAUACAUUUGACAUGAAUUUGACAGCUACUGUUGCCAUGUUUAUAAAAUUUUAUCAAAAACUUUUUCCAUGCUUUUUUGUAACAAGACGGAGAAAGAACUACAACACGACUCUUUUUGCUUUUCUAUGAUUGCUUUUUAUUCAGUGCUGCGGCAAUUUUUCAGAUUUCGGAUAUUGCCAAUUCUGCUGUCACUCUCAGUUCAAGGGCUUUUUUCGAUAAAUGUAAAUGGAGUAAAAAUGCAUGUCCGACAUUCCUGAAAAAAAAAUGUUCUGUAUCCUUAAGGGUUUGAAUGUAAUUUAAUGGAGUGAAAAACCACAAUAUCUCUUUUUAAUACAUGGACUGAACAGUGGAACUUCUCUCAGACUCCUUUUCUGUGUUUGAGCGGAGGGGGUUUGUACUGUCCUCACGGCGCUUUCUUUAAAUUCAGAGUGGUCUCAAGGAUUUCACAUUCAUGUGUUCUAUGAAGUGAGACCCAGUCCAGAUGUAGCAGUUCUUUUUCUUUUUCGUGAAAGCAUUGGCUGUGUCAUCUUUGGGACUGCUCUGUGUCAGCUGCACCGUUUUCCAGACAGCGCAGGACGUGGAGCGAUGGAGGCGGACCGGGGAUGUUUGUUCUUUUUUCUAGUGCAAUAUGCUGUACAUAAGAGCUUGGCUCUCCAAAUCUUACAACUUCUCUUAAGUUCUUUUGUUGUUCAAUGGGUACAUUGCUGUUUUUUUCAUUAAAACUUUAUGGACAAUUGAAA